AAAUUAAAACUGAAGAAGAAGAAACUAGUCACUGUUCAAAGCAAAAAGUUCCGCCUGUCGGUCUAGCGCGGUGUCUUCAUGAAAAUGUCUCAAAAUACUCCCGACAAAGACGAGGACCAAACGUCAACCAGCCAAAAAACCAUCUCCCUCCCGAUCUCCAGGGUGAGGUUGAUAAUGAAGAGCUCCCCGGAUGUCAACUGCAUCAACCAGGACGCGCUGUUUCUCACCACAAAGGCUACAGAGUUGUUUGUGCAGCACCUGGCUGUGUCCUCCUAUAACAACAGAGCAAAGCAAGAGACCAAAUCUCUGUCAUACAGCGACCUGGCAAACACUGCAGAAGAGAACGACACUUUCCAGUUUCUCACAGAUAUCCUACCGAAGAAGAUCUUGGCGGGAGAUUAUCUCAAAUCUUUGGAGCAAUUGCAAGAAGAUGACGCUGACUUUUAAAUCCAACACUGGCUGUGUUUCACAUCUGGACAGAUGUUAUCAAAUGUGCACAUCCUGUCAUUUAUUGAGGGCACUGCAAUGCUUUUCAAAUACAUUGACAGAGUUUAACUGUAGGGCUCAUGAAAGACGUUAGUGCACAUGGAACUGAAAGUACAGCCAAUAAGGGCAAAUGUGAAAUCAGGUGAAGACUCAGAGUUCACCUUCAAAUACUAAAACAUAGAGGAACACUGGAGCUUUACUGUUACUGUCUAUGAUAAAUACUUGAUGCCAUAAAUCUAGAAUUUAACAAUGGCCAAAAUAAAGCAUGCUUAGAUAAAGCAUAAUGCAAUCACUCCUUAAGACUUUAAACAUUUUAGCAUUUCAGAACCCUUUUGCAAUCAGCUCGUACUCCUGGACUACUGUGAAGGAUUUUUGAUAGCAAUGUCUUACACAUUUUGUGCUUGUUUUGCAUGUACAAUAAAUAGAGUGUAGUGAUAUUUCCUAACAACUUGCAGGCCUGUAUGGGCUCACUCAUGCAACAGACCAACACAUAAUGGAAAUCCAUUCCACACAGCUGGUGCACAGAUGUCUCCGUUAUAUUCACCUUUAAAUGAGUGAGUUUUAAGUUGCUAUCAAACAUUGAUUUCUAAGUGAAAUAUGCUGGUGUUCCUGAAGUUAUACAAAAUAGUCUUUUUUUUAAGAUAUUGUCUUUGUAUUGGUGACGGGUAGUUUACGGGUAGUUUAUCAUAAAUACUUGAAAGUUGUUUAACCAAAUUAAAAUACGAAUGUGUUUUUUUUCUCCCAGCCGCAAAGCAAGUUAACAUAUUGUGUUUUUUCCAAAUGAAAAUUCCCACGGCAUAAAAAAAAGAUGUGAGUAUUUAAAGUGUAUAUAACACAUUGUCCGCAAUUGUUUACUAAUUCAGGUUUAGAUUUGAUAUUAAAAUAAAGUGUCAUGCUAUCUGAUCA